AAAAAAAGAAGUCUACAGUACUCCGUACAAGUGAGUAACAUUGACUCUCAUCACUGCCCGGUGGCUACAGUAUGGCGGCGCUCGACUCUUCUUCUUCUUCUCGGAUACCUUAGCAUUUCCUUCUCAGACAAGUUACGCUGCUUGGUAAUUUUGUUCCGCGUGUCCAGCCUUGCAUUGCAUAAUUCCUUCGAAGACUUCAACUCCAACUCUCCGUUUGCGCUCGGCAUAGAAUAUUUUUACAUGUACAACCCUCGUACCGCUACAGCUACAACUACAUCUACAGCUACAGCUACCGCUCAGCCUGAGUCCAGGACAGUCUCUUCACAUAACCAACAGCAACAAAAACAAACAAUGUCUUGAAAGAACACCAUUCACAAGAAUAUUCUCCGUAUAUAAAUAAAGUCACAGCAAAAAGAAUGGCUUCCCCAGAUGCCAUUGAGCGAGGGAUAUCCCGCUCGUCAUCGUCACGCCUGGCCCACGAGAGAGAGAAAAUCGAGAUUGAAAGCAUAGCAUCCAACGAAGAACCCAUACCCGCACUAGAACCUCCACCUCGCCAUCCUCAUCAUGGCCACGACGCCGACGCAUACACAUCGGGAAACUUCAAGUACGAAUACCUCACCUUCGACACCGACGUCUCGUUACCGGGCCUCGACCUGCACAAAUACCAGUCGGCACUAUCGUGGACACCGAUACACAAAACGAUAAUUCUCGUCCUGUGCUGCUUGUGCACCUUCUUCGCCGCCUACAGCGCGGGGUCUUACUCGAUCGCCGCGACGCCCCAGCGGCAGAAAUGGAACUUGAGCGCUGUGGCAUUCAACACCGGCGUGACAGCUUGGGCCAUCGGCUUCGCCUUGUCGCCCAUGUUCCUGGCCCCCUUCUCCGAGAUCAACGGCCGACGGCCCGUCUUCCUCGCGUCCGCCGUGAUCUUCCUCGCCGGGCUGAUCGCGUGCGCCACGACCCCGUCCUUCGCCGGCAUGCUCGUCGCGCGCUUCUUCGUCGGCGCCGGCGCGAGCACGUUCUCGACCAUGAUCGGCGGCGUCCUGUCCGACAUGUACACGAACGAGGACCGUAACACGCCCAUGAGUAUCUACUCUGGCUUCGCGCUGGCCGGCACCGGCGUUGGCCCGCUAUGUUCGGGCUUCAUCGUUGGCCGUGCGAGUUACCGCUGGGUGUACUACCACCAGGUCAUAGGCGUCGGCUGUCUGUUGGUCGUGGUGUACUUCUUCUUCGAAGAGACUCGGGGCUCCGUAUUGUUGAGUCGCAAGGCUCGUGUCAUCAACGAGUACCUUGAGAAGACCGACCUCGAACACGAACACGACCCCCAAAAGUUCACAACUCCCAACGACACUCCUGAGGACCCGGAGAAACCAUCCCUCGGCGUAGUCCCAACAAGGUUGCGCUACAAAGUCGCGGCCGACGAAUCGCGGUCGUCGUUGGCGCACAUGCUGUAUCUGUCACUCACCAUCCCCUUCAAGCUCCUGUUCACCGAACCCGUCGUGUUCUUUUUCUCGUUGUGGACCGCCUUCGCCUGGGCGCUGCUGUACAUGACAUUCUCCGUCAUCCCGCUCGUGUUCAGCACUCGACACGGCUUCGACACCGAACAGUCCGGCGCCGUGUUCGCGUCCAUCGCGAUCGGCUCGAUCCUGGCGACGGUUGUGUGUGUGUUCCAGGAACGCAUUGCGAAACAGUACUGGCCGAAACUCACCACGUCCCCCGAGGGCCGGCUGUAUUUUGCCUGUCUCGAGGCCGCGCUGCUGCCGAUCGGGCUCUUUUGGUUCGGAUGGACCACGUUCUCGAGCGUGCACUGGAUCUCGCCCGUGCUGGCGUUGGGUUGCGCCCAGAUGGGCAUCUUCGUCAUCUAUCUCGCCGUGUUCAAUUACCUGGCCGACGUGUACCAUCGGUACGCGUCGAGUGCGUUGGCCGCGCAGGGGUUUGCGCGGAAUGUCUUCGCCGCCGUCUUUCCACUGUUCACGAAUCAGAUGUUCCGACAGCUGGGCUAUCCCGGCGCGAGUAGUUUGUUGGGCGGGAUCGCCGCGCUGUUGACCCUCGUGCCGUGGGUGUUGUUGUUCAAUGGCGAGAAGAUCCGCGCGAGGAGCAAGAUCGCCAGGCAGAUCAUGUCGACUGAGCAUCAUCGUUAAAGGCAUGGAGAUGCCUAUCACGGCCUAUCACGGCCUGUAUCGUAUAUAGUAUACAGUAUAUAGUUAAUCCCUAUUGUGAGAUUCUUAGAGGC